GGCACCAAGGUAAGCCACUAUCCACCAUGCCCGCACCCGGAGAAGGUAAAUGCUCUGCGAGCCCACACGGAUGCUGGGGGAGUUGUCUUGCUCUUCCAGGAUGAUGAGGUGAAAGGACUUCAAAUGUUGAAAGAUGGGGUUUGGACUGAUGUACAACCUUUAAAAAAUGCUAUAGUCAUUAACACAGGUGAUCAAAUUGAAGUUUUGAGUAAUGGGAGGUACAAGAGUAUUUUACACAGGGUUGUGCCCCAAACAGAUGGGCAAAGGAGAUCAAUUGCUUCAUUCUACAAUCCAUCCCUCAAGGCCACCAUUCAGCCUGCUCCACAAUUGCUUGAUGCUAAGGUUGAGAACAUGGUGAAAGAUGUUGCUAAAUAUCCUAAGUUUGUGUUUGGAGACUAU